GCUGAGGACAUCCCCAUCAUCCUGGUGGGGAACAAAACCGACCUGGUGCGGUGCCGUGAGGUCUCUGUUGAAGAGGGUCGUGCCUGCGCUGUGGUGUUCGACUGCAAGUUCAUCGAGACGUCGGCGGCUCUGCAGCACAACGUCGACGAGCUCUUCGAGGGGGUGGUGCGGCAGAUCCGCCUGCGCCGCGGAGGCACGGAGGCCCACGCGUGCCUCGCGCCCAGCCACAAGCGCAAGGAGAGCCUCACCAAGAGAGCCCGGCGCGUCCUCGACAGGCUGGUGGCUGGGAACAGCAGCAAAGUGGCCCUCAAAGCCCGCUCCAAGUCCUGCCAUGACCUCUCCGUGCUCUGA